CCUUCACGCCUUAUACCUUGUUCCAAUUUGCUUGCUUGCUUGCUUGCUGUUGUUCUUCGAAGCCACCAACCAAGUUAGACUCAAGUAAACCUUGCAAGCUUCAUAACAGAAAGAAAGAAAGAUAGAUGAUGUUGCCGUGACUUUCAGCAAAGCAAACUGCACUCUUUGGAACGUAGCUGCUGCAGGCAAUAAUUAAAUUCCUCCUCCUUUUUGGAUCAAUGGAGUUGCUCGAUCCACAGAAAACUAAACACACCAUCUAUCUCUGCAGUACUACCUCAUCAGACAGAUUCCCAUCCAUAUUCUUUCUUUACUGUUCUAUCUUUGAAUGAUCUGGUGAUCAGCAAGCACUUGCGAUCUUUUUAUUCAGUAGAAUGGAGUGGGAAAUGAAUUCACUUUCCCCAGUCAAAAACCAUGCAUUUGACUUUUCAGCAGAACCUCACGACACCCAAGUCGUUGCAGUGACUAGGGUCAAAGUAUAUAAGCCUGGAGGCGCAAUGUCAUAAAGGAAAACCUUUUUCUUAUUCAAGCCAUAAGGUGGGGGCUUUGAUUCAUAACUAUGUUCAAACAGCUCCCUCUAUUAUUUUUUUAUCCAGUUUAAAAAUAACAAUCCGUGAAAAUAGAUGCUUAGACAGCAGUAACCGUGCUUGCCUUUCCACACCAACAUACUUUUCUUCUCUUAGAAAGUUUGGACUUUGCUGUCUCAUCAACCAAAUCCCAACUUGGCAUAUAGUCAACAAUGGCGGCGGCCCGUCUUGGAGGUGUAAUUGUUUUUGGAUAGUCAAACUGGAAUACUAGUCCGGUGCAAAAGUACAGACCAAAUCAAUGUAAGCACGCAACAUGUGAAGCGACCAUUGGCACACCUUGCUGGUUUUGUCAGCUUUUUAAGUUGGACUGAAACUUCACAAAAGAAUAUAUGAAUAAUACAGCAGCAAGAUGGGAAGAAGGAGCACAAGUUAGCUGAAAUUUCUGUGAAUAAAGGUAUAAUAAAUGUAGCAGUAAGGGAGGAAGAUGUUGCCCGUAAUAAGCUGGGCUUGAGCUUCUGAAAACGAAGAGAGGAGGAAGGACCAGCAUUCCUCCCUGCUUCGGGGUGAGAAGAAGCUUAUAUUUUAUGCACACUUCUUCUUACUCGAUUCUGAUACCCAAGGUUUAGAUUAUCACAUCAUCGAGAAGAGGGAGAAUAAGAACCUUGCAAGAACAGCCUCGUGCAGCAACAUCUCAUUUGUUUAUUGUUAGCGUCAAUCAAGCCAUCCUUCUCUUCUUUUGAUGAUAGUAGCAGGGACAUGUCCGAAGACGAAGUGAGCUUCUCUGGCUGUCUCCUCCUCCUGCUCUCCUUAAUUCUCAUCACAGGUCGAGCAAUCGCCGGUGCGACCGACAGGGAGGUGCUGCUCGCUCUGAAAGACUACCUCGAAGCCAACAACCCCAUCUACCGAGGCGCAUAUGCUCGGUGGAAUGCGUCCGACUCUUCCCCUUGUAAUUGGCCCGGCAUCACCUGCACCGGCGCCGGCCGCGUCAAUGGCGUUUAUCUUGCAGAGUCCAACAUAUCUAGUGAAAUCUUCUCCAACUUCUCGCUGCUCACGGAGCUCACCCACCUUGACCUCUCUGCCAACGCCAUCGGCGGCUUCGUUCCCGCCGACCUCAACAGGUGCAGCGGACUCGAGUACCUAAACCUCUCCAGCAACAUCAUCGGUGGGGAGCUCAACUUGACCGGCCUCACCAAUCUGGUGACGCUCGACCUCACGUGCAACCGCUUCAAUGGCAGCAUCCGUGCCAACUUCCCCGCUAUGUGCGCCAAUCUGGUUAGCUUGAACAUUUCGACAAAUAGCUUCGGGGGCGACAUCACCGAGUGCUUCGACCAGUGCCCCAAACUCAAGUACCUCGACCUGAGCUCCAACCACUUCGUCGGAGGCAUAUGGCCAGGCUUCCCGAGCCUCCGGCAACUCUUGAUCUCCGAGAACAGCUUCACCGGAGAGUUUCUGCCGAGCACAUUUGCCUCCGGCUGCGACCUCGAAAGCUUGGACCUUGCCAGGAACAGCUUCUCCGGCACGUUCCCCAGCUCGAUCGCCAAUUGCUCGAAGCUAACAUCUCUCAACCUGUGGGGCAACGCGUUCACCGGAGCGGUUCCCUCCGGUAUUGGUUCGCUUUCGGAACUCAGCGCGCUCAACCUGGGGAAUAACUCGUUCGACCGGAAUAUACCUGAGGAGCUGCUGAACUGCUCCAAGUUGGUGUUUCUUGACUUCAGCAACAAUACCUUCGGCGGCGACAUCCAAGAAAUCUUCGGCCGGUUCGUGACGCUCAACUAUCUAAUCCUUCGUGGGAAUCAGUACACCGGAGGCAUUCUAUCAUCGGGAAUUCUCAAGCUUCGAAGUCUCAUGAGAUUGGACUUGAGCAGGAACAGGUUUUCCGGCAAUCUCCCGGUCGAGAUCACGACGAUGCCGAAGCUAAAGAUGUUGAUUCUUGCCUAUGAUGGGUUCUCCGGCUGCAUUCCGCCGGAGUUCGGCAGAAUGGCGGGGCUUCAGUUGCUGGAUCUUUCGUACAACAAGCUCACUGGCUCGAUCCCUCCAGCGAUCGGAAACUUGACAUCGCUCCUGUGGUUGAUGCUCGCCAGCAAUGAUCUUACCGGCGAGAUCCCGCCGGAGAUCGGCAACUGCAGCAGCUUGCUGUGGUUGAACCUUGCCAAUAACCAGCUUUCCGGCGGGAUCCCGCCGGAGAUAUCGGCGAUCGGGAGGAAUCCGGCCCCGACGUUCGAGGCCAAUCGCCGUGAGAUCCGCGGUGUCGCCCCCGGAUCCGGCGAUUGCCUCACCAUGAAGCGAUGGAUACCCGCGAGCUACCCGCCGUUCAACUUCAUCUACACGCAGAUGACGAGGCAGAGCUGCCGAACUACUUGGGACCGCCUCCUGAAGGGCUACGGGAUCUUCCCGAUCUGCUCCAACUCCUCGUCGCAAGUCCGAUCCCUAGCGAUCUCCGGCUACCUCCAGCUCUCCGGCAACCGGCUCUCGGGCGGGAUACCACCGGAGAUCGGCCGGAUGAGGAACCUCAGCCUGAUCCAUCUCGACGCCAACCACCUUUCCGGUCGCCUCCCGCCGGAGAUCGGCGGGCUCCCGCUUGUCAUCCUCAACGUCUCCGACAACCGUCUGUCCGGCAAGAUCCCGAUGGAGAUCGGCGGCCUGCGAUGCCUCACGAGCCUCGACCUCUCCAGGAACAACUUUUCCGGCGAGCUUCCACCGAGCCUGAGUGGCCUCUCCGAGCUCAACAAAUUCAACGUGUCCUACAACCCCCUCGUCUCCGGCACGGUGCCGGUCACCGGUCAGAUCGCCACCUUCGACCGCGACAGCUUCUUGGGAGACCCCCUCAUCGGCUUCCCCUCCUUGUCGGGCCGCGGUGCUCCGCCGCCAUCCGGGGACGGCGGUGCAUCCGGCGGGCACGGGCGGUGGACGACGGUGGCGUUCUGGGUGCUCAUCGCGCUCACCUCGAUCUUCGUCGCGUGCGGUGCUCUCUCCUUUGCGGUCUUCCGUCUCCGGGGGCCCCACUCCGCGGUGGACCCCGACCCGGAGGAGCUGCUAUCGGACGGCGUUAAGCGUCGGAGCGACGCGGCGAUGUCGGUCUACUCCUCGUCGUCGGAUGGAGUGGGGGUGAGGGUGUUCCGGCUGGACAACGGGGAGGCAGAGUUGGCGUUCACGUACGGCGACAUCUUGGCAGCGACGGGAAACUUCGACGAGAGGAGUGUGGUGGGGCGGGGCGGGUGCGGGGUAGUGUACCGGGGGGUGCUGCAGGACGGCCGGUGCGUGGCGGUGAAGAAGAUGCAGCGGCGGAGGGGGAAGGGCGAGAUGAGGGAGGGGGAGGACGCGGGGGAGCGGGAGUUCCAGGCGGAGAUGGAGGUGAUGGCAGGCGCGCGGGGCCGGGGCCACCCCAACCUGGUGAGGCUGCAUGGUUGGUGCCUGGCGGGGGAGGCGGCGGUGCUGGUCUACGAGUACAUGGAGGGGGGCAGCCUGGAGGAGGUUAUCGAGGACUGGGGGCGGUUCGGGUGGCAGCGGCGGCUCGGGGCAGCGACGGGGGUGGCGCGGGCGCUGGCGUUCCUCCACCACGAGUGCGUCCCCGCGGUGGUGCACCGGGACGUGAAGGCCAGCAACGUGAUGCUGGACGCGUGGGGACGGGCGCGGGUGACGGACUUCGGCCUGGCCCGCUCCGUGGGGGCCGGGGAGAGCCACGUCAGCACAGUUGUGGCCGGUACGGUAGGGUACGUGGCGCCGGAGUACGGGCAGACGUGGAGGGCGACGACGCGAGGCGACGUGUACAGCUACGGGGUGCUGGCCAUGGAGAUGGCCACGGGGCGCCGGGCGAUAGACGGCGGGGAGGAGUGCCUGGUGGAGCGGGUGAGGCGGGCGGCGGAGGCCGAGGGGGGGCUGCGGGCGGGGGAGGAAGAGGGCGCGGCGGAGAUGCUGGCCCUGCUGACGGUGGGGCUGAGGUGCACGGCGGAUGCGCCGCACGCGAGGCCGGGCAUGAUGGAGGUGCUGGCCGAGCUGCUGAGCAUAGCCGACAGGAACGGCGGCGCAAGCGAGACCAACACUCCUUGUUGGUCUCAGCAGAGCCGCAGCACAUCUCCUUCCUCCGUGCAGAGCUACUGGGAAGGAUAUUUUUGACAAUUACCAAGCAGUUGUGGUUAUGAAAAAGUCCUUUCUCCUCUUCGGAAUGAUCGGUGUACAGACAAUACACGCACUGCACCACAUCAAAAUUGAAAUGAUUAGCGUCCUUAUACAACAUAUGGUUAUGAAAUCAUUCUUCUGUUUGAACGAAGCCAAGAAGAACGGCCUGCUGCUCCACGUCGCCGUUUGCACACGAAGAGUUCCUCAACGUCAAGUGCGGUCACGUGAGCACAGGGCCAUCUCGCCGACACGUGACUGGUAAU